AUGGGGAAUCACGUAGACGUCGUACAAGCCUUUGUGCAAGACGGCUUGGUGACUGCAACGAGGCCGAAGCAGAUAAAGCGCUUCUAUGAGGAGGUGUCCAUCGAGGAAGUCGGUGGCCUCUUUCGCGUGCUUCUCGACGGCAAGGUCGUGAAGACGCCAAAAGGAACUACCCUGGAUUUGCCUGGGGUCGGCGUUGCACACCGUGUGGCUCGAGAAUGGAGGGCACAAGGUGAGAACCUUGAACCCCUGGAGAUGCCCUUCACGACCCUAGGGUGCACAGCGCUGGACAUCACCCAGAAAGACCCAGAGGGCUGCAUUGACCGGAUGAUGCCCUUUCUAGAGAUGGACACCGUAUGCUUCCAAGUCGACGAGGAGUUCCUGGCAGAGCGACAGCAGCAGGAAUGGGGUCCACUGCGGGAAUGGUUCCAACAAGAGUACGCUGUGAAGCUUGGCGUGGCGACAGGACUUGGCUCGCCGGGUCACCCCGAGGACACCAUGCUUCGGGUAGCUGAGCAGCUCUUGACUCGUGAUGCCUGGGAGUUAUGUGCUCUGGAGAUUGCAACGCAGACUGCCAAGUCGCUCAUCGUCGCCAGCGCGCUGCUGGAUCGAAGCACCUCCGCUGAGGAAGCUAUACGCUGGGCACAGCUGGAAGAGAACUUCCAAAUUGAGCGUUGGGGACUUGUCGAAGGCGACCAUGACGUGACCGAAAGUGAGAUGCUGAAAUGGUUUGGGGCCUGCAGACAGUUUGGGAAGGUGCACAGGCACGCAAGCGAGCAUUCCGAAUGA